GCAUGUAAGAAUGAUACACAGCGGUGUCUUCACUAUUGCAUCCUCACCGCUGCGAUUUGCCUUUUCUUACCUCAAAGUCUCGUUUACAUACCUAUCCUUCGUUGCCUAACAAGUUCAACCUGAGCGACCUCGAUCUUAUCCAUCUAACCCCAGUCGUCCUAUCACCAACACCAUGACCGCAGCACCACCAUCCAUACCCGACUGGCGCACCCUGGCCGCCUCAAAACGCGAAUCCGUCUACGCAAAAAUACCAAAAGAAUGGCGUCUGUCUCCCUCCCAAACAUCUCAAUGCACAGAAACAUCCGGUAUAUCCGUGCUAGACGUACCGCGAACAUGCGGCAUCUUGACCGAGAAAGAGCUAGACAUCACCGAAAACUACGAUGCCACGGAUUUGGUCAAAAUGAUGGCAGAGGGCCAAUUGUCGAGCACAGAGGUGGUGACGGCGUUUUGCAAGAGAGCGGCUGUGGCGCAGCAGUGUGUGAGUUGUUUGACGGAGAUUAUGUUCGAGGAUGCGCUUGCUAGAGCGAGGGAAUGUGAUGAUUUUCUGAAGAGAGAGGGGAAGGUUAUGGGACCGCUGCAUGGGCUGCCGAUUAGUUUGAAGGACUCCUUCAACGUCAAAGGCGUUCAAGCAACCCUAGGCUACAUAUCCUUCAUCGCGCACCCACCUGCUGCUUCAAACUCCUCCUUGGUAAAUCUCCUGCACUCCCUCGGCGCAGUCUUCUACGUCAAAACCAACCUCCCCCAAACCAUGAUGACAGCCGAUUCCCACAACAACAUCUUCGGCCGCACGCUGAACCCGCUCAAACUAUCUCACACGGCCGGCGGUUCUACAGGCGGCGAGGGCGCGCUCCUUGCUAUGAAAGGCAGUGUGUUGGGCGUGGCAACGGAUGUAGCAGGUUCGAAUCGCAUUCCCGUAAUUUGCUGUGGAGGCUCAUCUUUGAAGCCGACGGCGGGGAGGGUGCCGUUCGCGGGAGGUGUGGCGGUGGGAAGGGUGGGUAGUCCUGGUUCCGUACCCGUUGUCAUAGGACCUUGUGGCCGUUCUGUACGCGAUUACGAACUCUUUAUGCGGAGCGUGGGAGAUGCGAAGCCGUAUCUAUACGACGAGAAUAGUCUUAAUGUGCCGUGGCGGCGCGUUCAACCUUCUACGAAGCCCUUGCGGUUCGGCCUGGUCAGGGGGUGUAAGGAGCGGCCGCUUCAUCCUCCUAUCGCACGGGCUUUACACACCACGGCGAUGAAGUUGAAAGGGCAGGGCCAUGAGAUCGUGCUAUUGGAUGAGAAGAUACCGGAUCUCUACCAGACUGCCCUGUUGGCGUGGAAGUUCUUCAUGCUGGAUCCGAAAAAGACGCCGAUGCAAUAUAUCAAGGAUGGAGGGGAGCCGCCUAUUCCCUCGCUGUCAAAAUGCUCAUUCUCUGAGUUGAAAGAUUGGGUUCCGACGCUGGAUGAACUCUGGGAUUUGAAUGUGAAGAAGGCAGGGGUCGUCAAGAAGUGGCAUGGGUUGAUGGUCGGUGGUGACGGAGAGAAGGGGUUAGACGCCGUUCUGAUGCCGGGGUAUCAGGGUGUGGCGCCGAAGCAUGAUACCUAUGGCUUGCCGAUUUAUACGGUCGUGGUCAAUUUGUUGAAUUGGCCGAGUGGCGUGCUGGCUGCUGGGAAAGCGGAGAAGGGAGCUGAUGCGGAGUUCUUGAAGGGGGACGUGGCGUAUGAACCGCCUUAUGAUGCGGAUGAGUGCGAAGGUUUACCCACGCAUGUACAGGUUAUGGGGAAGAGUAUGAUGGAUGAGGAGCUGGUGGAGAUUAUGAAGGUUGUGGAGGGUGUGCUGAAGGAGUAGUAUUCUGUUUUAAUACUUUUCCGUAUGAGUCGCACAUAGGUGGACGAGCCGGCAACAAUGGAGAGAAACGUUGUCAGCGUCUCCAGGGCUUUCACUCGGACCAUUACUUGGGCUUCCACGCUUUUCUUGAAGUUGUACCCUGUUGCACUCCACCACUAUCGUCUAUCAGGCCCAGCUAGCUUCUCAAGCCUCCUGGUGGAGAUGAACGCCAACG